CCUUUGCUAUGGAGAAAGUCUGAGAUCAAACCUAAAUCAAUGUAACAUCUAUGACUUUGUUCAUCCCAACCAAGUACUUCCUACCAAGACAAAAACUCAUAGCGCCAACUUCAAUCACGAAAUGAGCGCCACUCAGGCUCCAUCGAGCUACGCAGAGCCACUGGCUAUUAUUGGCUUCGCAGCAAAAUACGCCCAGGAGGCGAGUGAUGCCCAGAAAUUUUGGCAGUUUCUCAUCGAAGCACGCCAGGCUUCAACGCCGUUCCCGAACGAUAGGCUAAGCAAGGACGGAUACUACCAUCCUGAUCCAGAACAUGCAGGAACUUUUCAUGCCAAAGGCGCACACUUCUUAUCGGAGAGCCCGAAUGUUUUUGAUGCGGCGUUUUUCAAUGUCAAUAAAACCGAAGUUAUGACGCUCGAUCCCCAGCAGCGUCUGGUGAUGGAAAAUGUAUACCACGCAAUCGAAAAUGCGGGCAUUCCAAUGAACCAAAUUGUAUCAUCAAAUACCUCUGUCUUCGUUAGUGGGUUCAACCAUGACCAUACAGAUAGGUUGAAUCUCGACCCAGAGGUCUCGCAAAAACAUCGAGCUACAGGGUCUGAAAACUCAAUGAUUUCGGGGAGGGUGAGCUGGUUCUAUGAUUUAAAAGGUCCCAGCAUGACCGUGGACACCGCCUGUUCAAGCUCCAUGGUUGCUUUUCAUCUAGCAAAGCAAAGCAUACUUUCAGGGGAUAGUGAUAUGGCAAUUGUCAGUGGCGUAAACGUCAUUAGUGCCCUCCCUCAUACACUUGGCAUGAGUUAUGCAGGAUUCCUUAACCCCGAGGGUAAAUGCUUCACAUUCGAUGACCGUGCUGAUGGAUACUCUCGCGGUGAAGGUGUUGGAACUGUAAUUGUUAAGUCUCUUGAAAAGGCCCUUGCAGACGGAGAUACAAUCAGAGCAGUGGUCCGAGCCACUGGACUCAAUAGUGACGGUCGUACUCCUGGAUUGACAUAUCCAAAUGGUGCCGCCCAGGAAAGGCUUAUUCGAGAGGUGUACGCGUCGGCAGGAUUAAGCCCACAAGAUACCCUUUACAUCGAGUCUCAUGGAACUGGUACCAGUGCAGGUGACCCCAUCGAAGUUAAAUCGAUCUCUCAGGCAUUUGAGUCUGCGCAACGAGGCCAGCCAAUCUACAUUGGCGCCCUGAAAACAAAUAUUGGCCAUACCGAAGGCGGCGCCGGAGUAUCAGGAAUCAUCAAAUCUAUCAUGAUUUUAGAGUCUGGUGUGAUUCCACCAAACGCCAAUUUUGAGCAGGUCAAUCCCAAAAUCCUCAUGCAUUCGUGGAAUGUGCGCUUUCCGACCAAGGCAAUUCCUUGGCCUUCACCCGGUGCCCGACGUAUAUCGGUCAACUGUUUUGGUUUGAGUGGCACCAAUGCUCACUGUAUAUUAGAAGAUGCGCAUCACUAUUUCCAACAAUACGGUAUAAAUGGGGUUCACAAUACCCGUGCCAUUGUUCCAUCAGCAGAUGAGGUGGAGCAAAUGGUGUUAGGGAAAUAUGAGAGCGAUAAGCUGGACAGUAUGUUAGAUGAAGGUGUAUUCACAAACGGCUACAAAAUAAAUCCAAGUUUGAGGAUCCCAAAGCUUGUCCUAUUGUCUGGAUUCGACCAAGAAGGACCUAAGCGACUCUCAGCAUCAUUAUUAUCGUAUAUACAGCACCGAGGGAACCUUAUUACCGGUCAAAAUAACGAAGAAAUGCUGGCUAAUGUUGCCUUUACGCUAUCAGAGAAAAGGUCUCGAUUUCGAUGGAACACCUACCUCUUGUCGAGCUCCCUGGAUGAACUCCAGAAUCAGCUAAGCUCCGAAUCAUGCCUCCCCAAAGCCAUCAACAGCCAAAAACCUCCAAGAAUCGGUUUCGUCUUCACUGGCCAAGGGGUUCAAUACCCCCAAAUGGGUCAAGAGCUCUUAAGCUUCCCAACAUUCAAAAAGUCACUAGAAGAAGCCUCUGAAUACAUGCGCCGCCUAGGAAGUUCGUGGUAUUUGCUUGAUGAGAUCCUCAAGGAAAAUUCCGAGUCACAGAUUGAUGAGGCAGCGUUAUCCCAGCCUUCCUGUACUGCUAUUCAAAUUGCACUUGUUGAUCUCUUGAAAGAAUGGAACAUCUGCCCUCUUCGGGUUACGGGCCAUUCAUCCGGUGAAAUUGCUGCUGCAUAUUGUGCUGGGAAGAUCUCUCGCGAGGCCGCGUGGAAUGUCGCCUACCACCGUGGUCGCAUAACGUCACAUAUUCCGGAAGAGACUAAGGGUGCGAUGCUUGCAGUGGGAAUGGACUUUUGCAAUUUACAGCACCUUGUGGAUCAAAUUCAUGAAAAUAACGAAGGAGAACUCGUUAUCGCUUGCUUGAACGGCCCCAAAAAUAAUACAGCUUCAGGUGACGAGCACAUGAUAGCAGCUUUGCAGAAUAAAUUGGACAGUCAAGGCAUUUUUGUACGUCGACUUCGAACCAAACAUGCAUAUCAUUCAUCACAUAUGAGUGGCAUUGCCGAUGAAUAUCUAGAUGCUAUGGGCCAUGUUUCGGGCGGCGACAGGAUCACAUAUACUGAACCGGUCCGCAUGUUCUCUAGCUCAGUUGGCAAGGAAAUCACCGACGAUACACUCGAAAAUAAAUUCUGGGUCCACAACUUGGUUGCAACGGUGAAGUUCACUACGGCAUUAGAGAAUAUGUGCGUCGACCCAGAUGGCAAGGCUCUUGAUCUCGUUCUUGAGGUUGGGCCACAUUCAGCACUUCAGUCCGCAAUUAAAGACAUACUCGCAGAUAAAAGAUCAAUAACUUACCAAGCCACUCUUAACCGUAACGAUCAUGCAACAACGACAAUAUUGAACAUGGCUGGGGCCUUAGCUGUCCGCCAAGUCCCAGUCAAUAUCCGGGCCCUCAAUUGUUCAAAUGAAGUCAAUGAAGUCACCAGAAAACAGCCGAAGCUUCUUGUGGAUAUGCCAUCGUACCCGUUCAACCACCAGGAGUCCGGUCUCUUCGAGACUAGAAUAACUCGGGCAAUGCGAUAUCGGCCUUUCCCACGCCACGGCCUACUUGGAGCACCGAACCACGACUCGAAUCCCUUUCGAUCGACGUGGAGACAUUUUCUUCGGGUGAGCGAAAAUCCAUGGUUAAAGGACCAUGUGAUUGCCGACAAUAUUGUGUUCCCCGGGGCUGGAUAUAUCGUUAUGGCAAUUGAAGCAAUCCGACAGACUACGAAAACAUCCAUCGUCGCACUGAGACUUCGAGAUAUCUUAUUCAAAGCGAUUCUGAUUGUUCCAGAUGAUAAGGAAGGCAUAGAAACCUGUUUCUCACUAUCUCCAAUGGAAGACUCAAAUGUCACAACUUCCACCUAUUGGAGCAAGUUCUCCGUUAGUUCUUACGACUUUAAUCAUGACGAGUGGACCGAACACUGCACAGGAUACAUCGCAGUAGACGCAGAGAGUAUACCCAACCCCAUUACUACUGGCCACGAAGAAGAACUCAAUAUCAAUAACUGGACCUAUGUCCAGCACCAGAAAAACCACUGCAAGAGGCCGACAGACUUUACCCGUAUAUGUGAUAAUUUGAGUUCCAUUGGUAUCCGAUUUGGCCCGCUAUUUCGCAACAUGUCAGAUGUUAAGAUAAGCGGCCAGCGUGAUGGAACUAUGACAGGUACGAUAAAUAUUCCAGAUGUUGCGGCCUCUAUGCCAAAGAACUUUGUCCAUGAGCACUGGGUCCACCCGACAACUCUGGAUGCAACACUCCAAGCUGGAUUUGCUGCAAUUUGUGACUACAACGGCAAAGAAGUGCUAGCGCGUGGAAAUAUCCCUGGGUUCGUUAAAGACAUUUGGAUAUCAUCCAGUAUACCAGAUCAUGGGAAACUAGAAUGCUAUGGGAAGGCAUCCCUGCUCGCACAUGAUACCUACAACUUCGACAUUCAUGUAUGGGAUACUGAUUCAAAAAAAGGCUGUAUUGCAUUGAAUGGUAUUCGUUUAAUGCCCUUCCAAUCAGGAUUUAACACCAAAUCUGAUAAACAACUAUGCCACUCGAUAGAAUGGGGAGUGGACUUUAACUUUCUUUCCAAUACUAGCCUUCCCAACUCAAUUGCAGAACCAAUGGAAUAUGAAAAGGAGAAUACAUGGUUUACGGAGCUCCAACUUGCCGCUGCUCUCUUGGCUGAAGACGGCCUUUCUGAACUUGAAAUGCACGACUUACCGAUUCCACUACAAAGUUGCUACCAGCGAUUUUAUGAUUUGCUUAGAAAAGUUAGAGCGGAUAGGGCAGCCGGGUUAGUGCCUUCUGUAAACGACUCGGACUGGGAAAAAUAUAAAGACAACAAAGCCCUUAAAAUAGAUCUUUAUGAACGCGUGGCCAGACGGGAUACGAAUGGCGCCGUACUGGUCCGUAUGGCAUCUCAAAUCGUCUCUUUCUUUCAUCAGAAAACAGAUCCUCUAUAUCUUAUGUUUGGAGAGGAUGACCUAAUGACGAGUUACUAUGAUGAGGACAUGAAACUGGGCCCCAUCCCUGACCAGUUCCAGUAUAUGAUGACUUGCAUCCGGCAUACAUCAUCCAACCUCAAUAUUUUGGAAGUCGGUUCAGGGACUGGCGGAUUCACGUUUCAGGUAUUGCAAUCCUUGUGCCCCAUAACUAAGGACGGUACAAUAAAAGGCAAUUGCAUCGGCAGCUAUGACUUCACAGAUAUUUCUCCAAGCUUUUUCGAGAAAGCUAAAUCCCGUCUCGGAGACUGGAAUCAUAUAAUCAAUUACCGAAAAAUGGAUCUGGGAAGCGACCCUAUGGGCCAAGGAUUUCUUCCUGCGUCCUACGACAUGAUUGUCGCCAGCAACGUUCUUCAUGCAACAGUUGACCUUCACCAUACCAUGAAAAACAUCAGGUCUCUUCUGAAACCUAAUGGAAAACUACUGUUUCUUGAAGGUAUUCGACAAGAUACACUGUAUAGCAACAUGUCGUUCAGUGCGCUUCCUGGUUGGUGGCUUGGGAGGGAACCGAUUCGAGAGUGGUGUCCGUAUAUCUCAACUGAUCAGUGGCACGAGAUCCUUUGCCAGACAGGAUUUUCGGGCCUAGAUGUUACGAUCCCCAGUUCUCGUUUUCCUGAGUUUAAUAAGAUUAGCAUAAUGCUAUCGACGGCUGUCCAGAAUGUUGAACCAAGCCGUCGCCCACAGAUUGCUAUUAUUGCUCCUAAAUCUGACGACGAAGAUGUUUCAUUAAGAUUAGUGGAUCAAAUCAAGAAGGAGUAUGGCGACUGUACCAUACUGUAUCCUUCUGACCUUCUCGGCAUGGAGUUGAAAGAGACAAUUUGUAUCUCCCUUUUGGAGCUUCAGACACCGAUAUUAAGGGGUUUGGGUGAAACCCUGUACGGUCAGGUUAAGCAUCUAUUAUCAACUUGUAAUCGCCUUCUGUGGGUGACAGGGACACAUCACCCUUCAUUUGAAAUGGCCACCGGUCUUAUACGCACACUUCGGUGGGAACGUGACUGGCAUGGCCUCAAUCUCAUUAGGCUUACAGUCGACACCCAAAAUUCCUCGAAUGACAUAAUUGCCAGGGACAUAUCUAGAAUCGUUCGUUAUCAGUUUCUAAAUCAGGAUCAAAAUAGAGAGUAUUGGAAUGCCGAGUAUAGCCUCCAAGGUGGCCAGAUUCUUACCAACCGGAUCGUUGAGAACGAAGAUGCUACUGAGGUCAUCAAGUCCAAACUCUCAAUCCCUGAUCCAAUACCAAUGACUUGGGAGGAGAUUAAGCAGCCCGUAAAAAUCCAAAUCGGGCAGCCGGGAGCACUAGAAUCGCUGUAUUGGACGGCUGAUAGCUCGGCUGGUCAGUCUUUACGACCGAAAGAAAUUGAAGUUGAAAUACGUGCUGUUGGGUUAAACUUCCGGGAUCUUUUGACAGCAAUGGGUGAGCUGCCACAGGACACAAUCGGUGGAGAGGCAGCUGGUAUUGUCACACGAUUAGGGUCACAAGUUUCCAAGUUUCAAAUAGGCGACAGAGUUGCUUAUUUUGGUGACCCCCAGUAUCCUGGCACAUUCCGCACCUUAGGCACUGCCAACGAAGAGCUAGCAGUGCAAGUUCCUGAUCAGUUCAGCUUUGAACAAGCUGCUAGCAUGCCGGUGGUCUACACAACCGUCAUACACUCCCUAAAAAACGUUGCCCAUCUACACGAAGGAGAAUCUAUUCUGAUUCAUGCAGCAGCAGGAGGCAUUGGUCAGGCAGCCAUCCAAUAUGCAAAUUUUGUAGGGGCUCAAAUAUACGCUACUGUUUCAACGGUCGAGAAGAAGAAUCUUCUUAUAGAUAGAUACGGAAUUCAAGAAGAUCACAUCUUUUCGAGCCGUGACCUGAAAUUUUCAGAGCAGUUGAAACAACUCACACCUGAUGGGGUUGAUGUGGUUCUUAAUUCCCUUUCAGGUGAAGCACUUCGACAGUCAUGGGAGUGCAUUGCACCAUUCGGACGAUUCAUAGAGAUUGGGAAGCGGGAUCUUCUAAUAGGUGGCAAACUUGACAUGACCCCCUUUUUGAAAAACGCGGUUUUUGCGAGUGUGGACCUCCUCACUGUGGCUGGUCAACGACCUAGCCUAGUUGGCAAGCUACUUGAGGACAUGACCCGACUAUGGAGUAAGGGGUAUAUCCGGGAACCCUAUCCUUUGAGCGUCCUGCCAUAUAGUAAGUUACAGGCAGGCUUGCGCUCACUGCAGACUGGACAGAAUAUGGGAAAGAUUGUCUUUGUACCGAAUGGUGGGAAUGUUCCAGUUAUGCCUGAGUCAAUCUCGCCAUACAAACUAAACUCAGACGGGUGCUACAUUCUAGCCGGAGGGUUGGGUGGGAUAGGACGCAGCAUCGCCAACUGGAUGGCAUCCAAGGGGGCAAAAAGAUUGAUAUUUCUCCACCGCCCAGGGAAGCUCAGCCAGGCAGCAGAAAAUACAAUUUCUGCUCUGGAAACUAUGGGGUGCCAAACAUAUGUUUUUUCUUGUGAUAUCUCAGAUAGGGAAAGACUGGGCAGUGUCAUCAAGCAUAUCGAAGAGAAUAUAUCCCCCAUACGAGGAUGUAUCAACUGUUCAGUCGCUUGGAAAGACGCUGCCUUUGAAAACAUGUCAUAUGAUGGAUGGCUCACGCCUAUGAAUGCCAAGGUUCGUGGCUCGUGGAAUCUUCACGAGCUUUUACCUUCCCACAAUUUGGAGUUUUUCGUCAUGCUUUCUUCAGUGGCUGGAAUUAUUGGCACCCGUAGCCAAGCCAACUACAAUGCUGGGAAUUCAUUUCAGGAUGCCUUAGCAAGGUAUCGGGUUGCCCAGGGUCUCCCAGGGGCCAGCAUUGAUUUUAGUCCUGUCGUCUCCGUUGGCUUUAUUGCUGAGAAUCAGGAGUAUGUGAAACACACUUUGAAAGCAUUAAAUCAUCAUCGAGAGGAUGAGAUGCUAGCCAUAGUGGAGUUCGUGCUUGACCCACGUCGCUCCAUCACAGAGACGACUUCUCAACUAGUCUGUGGGUUAUUUACUCCAUCAAUGUAUGAAGAAUGCGGAAUGCCCUCUCCAAGACAUCUCCAGUACCCAAUUUUUAGGCACUUGCAGGAUGCAUCUUCUGAUGCUACCCCCAAAGAGGAGAGAAAAAACCAGUAUCAUAUACAGGGCUUGUUGCAAGCGGCUCAGACAUCAGCAGAGGCGGCGGAUGUGAUUUGUUAUGGUAUUCAGAAGAAGUUAGCAUCGGUGCUGAGUGUUUCUGAUGAAGACAUCGAUCCAUCUCGUUCACUGCGGGACAAUGGGGUCGACUCGCUCAUUGAAAUGGAGUUUCGAACGUGGGUUUCAAAAGAGCUGGGAGUGACUCUGGGCAAAGCAGAUAUUAACACCAAGAGUCUGGCACAUUUAAGCACGAAAGUUGCAGGAAGUAGCCCAUAUGUUCACUUUCAAUCUUGAAUGCUAUUCAUGUAAAGGCAACCACACUGUUUACAGUUGUCACAAAUGGAUAGGCGAUGGAUUCUAGAAAAUCAUCAUGAUCGAACAACAUCUAAUAGAUAAUUCCUGCAAUACUAUUCUCUAAUAUAAAUUUCGCAAACAACCAAGUAGGAGAAAAGGCAAAAAGAAAGAAAGGGGGGGAAAGACAGUCCUAGGCCAUUCCAUAUUUAUCUUCUGAAAAAUAAUGAUGUUAAUGGCAUAGAUUGCAUUAGGAUCGAAUGAAAAAAAAAACAUAUUGGAUACAAGAUAUAUA